AUGAAAAGAACUCACUCUCAAAACAAUAACGCUCUAGAAACCAAAUCAAAAAAGCUGCGCAAGGGCACGCAGAGUUGCUGGGAAUGCAAGCGACGAAAGAUGCGCUGCGCGUUUGCGUCCCCUUCGGACACGAUCUGCGUAGCAUGCGAGCGACGCGGUACUUUAUGCGUUAGUCAGGAGGUUGCUGAGAAAGAACCGCCGGUCGGCGGCGGCGGCGGUCAGCCAAUUGAAGAGAAGUUGAGCCGUAUUGGUGAGCUGUUGGAGCAGUGUACCAGAAUGUUUGCUCGUGGAGGAGGGGCGGUGGAGCAUAACGGUCAAUGUCCUAGCCCAAAGAGUUUGGUUAGGCCUGCUUUGGUCUCAUCUUAUACCCCACUGGAUCUUCGUGGAGACAGUCUCCGUCUAGCACCAUCCAGCCAAUUGGAAGUAGAACGAGCGCUUGCUAGUGCCUGGCCAGAGAAAAUAGAUGUUGACAGCAUUAUCCAACUAAAAGUACACCCAUUCCAAGUUAUACGUGCGAUCAACUGCGCAAGAGAUUUUCAACCUUCAUAUCAAGACCAGACAAUAUCCGUGGCACCAGGAAAAGCGCUCCAGCUGCCACCAGAGGGCACUCAUCCUGUUAUCGUUGCGCGAAAACUGUUGACUCUGGCUUUAUUUCUUCAAUGUGCGCGGCCAUCGACGGCUAGAUUCCACGGCAUCAUGACUCGUGCUGUCGAAGCGGCCCGAUAUCUCGUAACAAGCCGCGACGAUCUGGUAGGUUCUAUAGAGGGCAUUGAGUGUCUUAUGAUGGAAGCAACGUUUGAGAACAACGCUGGAAAUCUCCGCCGCGCAUGGCUGGCCGCUCGCCGAGCGAUGGCGAUGGCACAGAUAAUAGGACUUGAAGAAAGAGCCAUGCCGUCUACUACUGCAAGUUUUGAGCGCUGCACGUCCGAGCCGUCUAUUGACCCGAAGCACAUGUGGUUCCGGCUUAUACAAACAGAUCGCUUUCUGUCGCUCAUGUCCGGCCUUCCUCAGGGGUCAAGCACAGACACCUUCACAGACGCCGAGGCCCUGCAACCUUGCUCUCCGGUCCAACGCCUACAGCGCAUCCACUGUACUGCAGCAGGACGUCUUCUCCAACGACAAAAGGGCCGGAAUAGUGCUAUUGAUGUACGAGAAACCGACAGACUAUUACAAACUGCCGCGGAAUGUGUUCCCGCGCAGUGGUGGCUAGUCCCCAAUCUCGACGACGGCGCAGACGAGACCCUCGAAGAGAUACCGCGCAUGAUGGACCAAAUGACACACUAUCAUCUCAUCGUACAAUUACAUCUUCCGCGAGCCAUGAGCGAAGGAAACGACGACUGCUCGCACAGUACGCUAUCAGCCAUAAACGCCAGCCGGGAGGUUAUGCUGCGGUACAUUGCCGUCAAAAAGGCGUCUAAAGGAGAGGAUCAACGCUACUGCUCGUCUCUCGACUCUCUGGCCUUUGUCUCUAGUGUCUGUCUUUGUUGGGUGCAUAUCAGGUAUUCGAUCCAGGAUUCUUCAUACGGCUUCGGGCAUCAGCGGUACGGAGACCGGGCGAUGGUUGGGUGGUUGGUUGACGACCUGCGCCGCCGAGAGCGCAACCAUGUCAGUGCGCAGAUGCUUGUCACACUGGAGCGACUACUUGAGAUUAAUUCAGAUGUAACGAGCUGUUUUUGCAAGUAUACCACCAUGGUGCAGCCGGGCACAGUGUGCGACAGGGUAGUUGGCUGCGGCGGCCGAUUGAGUGACGACGACAACAGCACGCUGCACAUCUACAUCCCUUGCCUCGGAGAAGUAACAAUCCAGCGCAGCGAGAUGCCUGGAAACUCACCGUGGAUCCUGCCCGAUCUUCCAGACCUAGUUCCGGCGGGCCACGACGAGUCGAGCUUGGAUUUGAUGACAUUUCUUCAAGACAGUGCUGGUAUUAUUAACAUGUGA